UUCCACAACUAAUGUUCUCCAAGCCCAGUAAAACGGAGAAGCAGAAGCUCCGCCGUGGUCAGCAGGUCCACGCCUCCGCGCUGCCACAGUGUUGUUGGAGGAGCCGAACAGGAGCUGCUCUCAUCGAGAAAUGAAUGCUGUCCUUUUCUAAGCCUUCUCCAGAAGCUCCACUACUUGGCAAAUGUCGUCUGGUAGUCUUCACAUCAAUGCAGCUCCUAGGAGAAGGCAAAACACUACAGCUGAGGAAAGAUCUCGCAACUGCUCUGAGUGUGGGAAGAAUUUUAGAAAUGGACGUUCCCUCAAAAUACACCAGCGCAUCCACACAGGAGAGAAACCAUAUGUCUGUUCAGACUGUGGGAAGAGUUUUACUCAACAGAGCAGUCUCCAAGCACACCAGCGCAUCCACACAGGAGAAAAACCGUAUCACUGCUUAGAGUGUGGGAAGAGCUUUAAAGACGGAAGUACCCUCAGAACACACCAGCGCAUUCAUACUGGAGAGAAACCGUAUCACUGCUCAAACUGUGAGAAGAGUUUUACUGCCCAAAGUAGUCUGCAAUCCCACCAGCGCAUCCACACAGGAGAGAAACCCUAUCACUGCGUAGACUGUGGGAAGAGUUUUAAAGAUGCAGGCACCCUGAAAACACACCAGCGCAUUCACACCGGGCAGAAACCGUAUCGCUGCUCUGACUGCGGGAAGAGAUUUACCGCACAAAGUACUUUCCAAAAACACCAGCGCAUCCACACAGGAGAGAAACCGCACAUCUGCUCUGAGUGUGGGAGGAGCUUUGGUCGACAGAGUCAUCUCGAAACACACCAGCGGAUUCACACAGGCCAGAAACCAUAUCAGUGCUUAGAGUGUGGGAAGAGUUUCACCCAACAGAAUCAUCUCCGAGAUCACCACCGCAUUCACACAGAAGAAAAGCCGUUCCACUGCUCUGAAUGUGGGAAACGUUUCAAUCAACAGAGUACUCUCCAAAAACACCAGCGCAUCCACACCGGAGAGAAGCCGUAUUACUGCUCAGAGUGUGGAAAGAACUUUAAAAGCGGAGGUUCCCUCAAAAUACACCAGCGCAUUCACACUGGAGAGAAACCGUACGUCUGUUCCGAGUGCGGGAAGCGGUUUACUCAGCUGGGCAGUCUCCAAAAACACCAGCAUGUUCACAUGUUGGUGAAACUGUUUCACUGCUCAGACUGUGGGAAGAGUUUCAGUCGGCAGAGUUAUCUCCAAUCACACCAGCGGAUGCACACAGGAGAGAAACCCUAUCACUGCUUGGACUGUGGGAAGAGCUUUUUUGUUCCGAGUCUUCUCCAGUCGCACCAGCGUAUUCACACAGGAGAAAAGCCGUUUCAGUGCUCCCAGUGCGGGAAAAGUUUUACCCAGCGGAGUCAUCUCCAGAAACACAAGCGCACUCACACAGGAGAGAAACCAUUUUACUGCUCGGAGUGUGGCAAGAGCUUCACCCAGCAGAAUCAUCUGCAGGAUCACCAGCGCCUCCACACAGGGGAGAGGCCGUUUCACUGCUCUGAGUGUGGGAAGAGUUUUGCUCAACAGGCUAAUCUCCAAAUCCACCAGCGCAUCCACACCGGAGAGAAACCGUAUUACUGCUCGGACUGUGGGAAGAACUUCAGGCAUCAGAAUACUUUUAAACUCCAUAAAAGAACACAUCUUGGUGAGAGACCUCACCACUGCUCUGAGUGUGGGAAGAAGUUUAAAAACAGAGGUUCCCUCAAGACACACCAGCGUAUCCACACUGGAGAGAAGCCAUACGUCUGCUCAGAGUGUGGGAAGAGUUUCACUCAGCAGAGUAGUCUCCAAAAGCACCAGUGCAUUCAUAUGUUGGAGAAACCGUAUCAGUGUUCUGAGUGUGGAAAGAGCUUCACUCAACAGAGUAAUCUGCAGAAACACCAGCGCUUUCACACAGGAGAGAAACCGUAUUACUGCUCAGAGUGCGGAAAGAGCUUCUUCAUACAGAGUCAUCUCCAGUCACACCGCCGCAUUCACACAGGAGAAAAGCCCUAUCACUGCUCAGAGUGCGGGAAGAGCUUUAACCAGCAGAGCAACCUCCAGUCCCACCAGCGCAUCCACACGGGAGAGAAGCCGUUCCAGUGCUCAGACUGUGGGAAGAGCUUCAAUCAACACAGCAACAUGCAGAAACACCAGCGCCUUCACAGAGGAGAGAAGCCGUAUUACUGCUCAGACUGUGGGAGGAGCUUCACCCAACAGAGUAAUCUCCAAAUACACCAGCGCAUCCACACUGGAGAUAAACCGUUCUAUUGCUCAGACUGUGAGAAGAACUUCAGACAUUGGAAUACAUUAAAGACACACAAGUGCAUUAAGAAGGAGGAGACAGGUUGUGAUGCAUGAGUCACUUCAAAACACAGUGUUCAUUGGCGGAAUGCAUGAUGAUGCUGUUCAUGGUCAUGGAACUGUUUUUUGUUUUUUUUUUUUCGAGGGCAUUCGAAUUCUUGGACCUUUCUGAGAAUCACUGCUUCACUUCAUCACCAGGAUGGAUGUCUUAGACCUGCACAAUGACUGAUCUUAUCCAGUGAUGUGCAAGAAUCUAUGUUUAUGUCUGUGAACCAGUGCUAUAGUCACCAUUGGGGCCUGAAUAAGUGAUUUACAGGAAUACAGGAGCUGUCAACACGAACAUUAACACUAGCAUUAGUCUGCUAAGCCUGUUUAGUGCUCUGUUCGGACUGAAAAAAGCUUUUAGUUUUUAAGCUUUCUUCCCUAUUUUUGUGUUUAUUUUGCUGCACCCGGAAAAUCACACGAAAGUACUUUCUCUCUAUAAUGUUUAUAUGUAUAUAACAUAUGUAGUGUGUGUGUGUAUGUAUGUGUGUGUGUAUGUAUGUAUGUGUGUGUGUG